AAAUGGACUCCUCCUUUAAGUAAAACCAUAUGAUUACUUACGGUUUGAAGUAAUUUUAAAGGCUAUUGGGUCUGUUUUUAUUACCACAUUGUAUAAUUAUCCAAUUACUCGAUUAAUCGUCAGAAUAAUCAACCAAUUACUUGAUUAACAAAAUAAUCAAAAAAAAAGUGGCAGUGGUUUAUGAACACCAUUGUUAGUUCUUCUGUACAUGACUUUUGGAAGUGCUAUUUUAAUACUAGCUUUGGAAAAUUUUAACGUCAGUUCUGGCUAUUUAUCUCAAGCUUUGCUCCGAGUUUGUGUGUGAUGAUUCUUGAAAACAUUGUUUUGUGUCCUAAGUCAUGCAUGGAUUCAGGCGAAACUUUGCAUGUUCGUGAAUUGAAUGACCCUGUGUCUGUCUGGGACUUAAAUAUCAGCUUGCACUGGUUUCACACCUGUAGCAGUGUGUGUGUGUGUGUGUGCGUACCACAACUGUUCAAGAUAACUUUCCUUCUGUGAUCUGUCACUGUGUGCUUAAGCGGUGUAUAUCUGCAGUGAAUGUGUAUCGGUGAGACUGCCUCUGGCCCUCAGGGUGACAGCAGUGUUUUGGAAGCUCGGCCAGGUGUAUGUAUCUAAAUGGCACGUGGGAGGGGCCUCGACUAGCUUCUCUCAUUUCCCUGGCAAAUACUGUCACCAGUUCCCUUUUCUUGUCACACAGCUUCUAGAGAUUAUAUAGCAGAAAUGGAAUGUGUUGGAGUCACCAUGUUUCUGCUUAUGUUCACCUUAUUUCAAAUAAUUCCCGGUACGGACUCUGAAUGUACUGAAUGUAUUUCGCUGCAGCCCACACAGCAUGGGAAAGUGGGGGACUCGAUGCUCCUUAAAGUUGAGACUCAUUUCAAUGUCCGGAAUGUGACGUUCCAGGGGUCCUGGUUAAAGACUAAUCCUAAUAACACUCUUUUGGUUACUUUCGACAACAACAAUGCCAUCCGAAAUCUGCGCCUAAAGAACAGUCCGGAGCUCAGUUUGCCUGAUGUCUCACUAUAUUUUAAGUAUCUGGAUGAAGACACACAGGGGGAAUAUGAGCUGCAGAUUAACAUCAUCUUCCCAGGAAUUCGCAGUCCAGUUGCUGUGACAAAAAGAGUGACAGUCACAGUCAGCGUGCCUGUGUCCAUCCCUGUUAUUAGUAAGACCCCAGAAUCAGAACUGGUGGAAGACAGGGACAAUGUGACGCUGACUUGUUCUGUUGAACAUGGGACAAAUGUUCAGUUCAAGUGGCUAAGAAAUAACAUAAUGGUCGGUCCAAGUGAGCGGCAUACAUUCUCGCAAGAUUAUGGGACGCUUGUUAUAAGCCCUGUCAAGAAAGAAGACAUUGGUCAAUACAUUUGUAAGGCCCAAAACCACAUCAGCAGCAAUCUAAGCAAACCGACUGAACUCAUUGUGUUCUACGGGCCUUAUAAUUUGGCAGUAAAUUCUGAUCAAGGUCGAAAAACCGAAGGGAUGUUCAUAGUGAACCCAGAGGAACUGGUCUUUUUUGAGUGUAUUGCAGACUCCAACCCUCCCAACACCUGCGUCUGGAUCUCUAAGACAAAGAACGGCACAGAGGUUCUCAUGACUGGACCACGGUUUGAAGUGAAACCCUAUGAGUUACCCCAGGGUAAAGAGUUCUUGUGUAGGGCAUUCAACAAUAUGACUAAGAAGCAGGACGAGACCAAAUUCACUCUGGUGAUGGCCAGGCUUGACACAGGAAAAGCAAAAUAUAGCCAGGAAGGGAGUGCGCUAUCUCCAUUGACUUUCAUUACAAUCUCUUCAGUCGUCAUCAUAGCGUGUAUGAUGUUUGUGCUCCUAAGGAAGAGCUGCCAUCCAAGAAGAAUGAUGAAGACAAUCUACAGGCGGCCAAUGACAGAGCAGAGAGGACUGCACCGCUCCGGUCAUGAGGAUGCAACUGAAGACUUUGGCAUUUAUGAAUUUGUCUCUGUACCUGGGAAAAUGGACUCAACACAGGCAUCCUGCAGGUCUUUGGCACGGCUGGAUUCAGUCAAAGAUUUGCAUACCACCAUCUAUGAUGUCAUCAGACAUGUACCUGAAACUCCAACACUGAGUCUUUUGAAAUGAGAGAGAGGAGAAUAGUCAUGUGUGCCCGGAUGUAAAGAUGAAAAACGUUUCACUGUUUUUUUUCUGCCAAUUUUUCUCUCUACAAUCACAGAUUUAAGCACUUCUUUUGUUUUACAAUUCUUCAUUUUUAUACUACUUAUGGUCUCACACGUUUAUAAACUUGUGCUGCGCACUGAAGUUUUUAUUGUCUUAAAAAGAAUAUAUGAGAGAGCUAUGAGAUUUUUUUUGUCUGUAGCAACAUGCUUAAAAUGAAAAGCUGAGAGUAUUUAUAUACAAAUACAGUCGUCAUCUAAUGUUGUUGUUGUUCCCGCAUUAUAAAUGUAAAUAUGAUGUAUGCAUUUUGUACUUUAAAUGUAUUUUUUUUGCACACUGCAGUGUAUUCUGUAAUAUUGCUUAUUACAUUUUCAAGAUGCCACAUACCUGUUCCAUACAAUUCACGGGUAGCAGUUUGUUGAAUGUAAAACAGACGUCUUCUGUCUGUUUUGUUUUCUAUGUGUUGCACCUGCACCUGUUCACAUUUUAAAUACAGAUGGAUGCUCUGUAAUUUGCAAAUAAAGGUUUUAGAAAUA